AUUUUUGUUAAUUUGUGACAAUCUUGUUCAAAACAUUCGUGAAUAUCAGUUUAAAAUGGCAAAAGUUAAAAAUGCAAAAGUAUCUCAUGCAAAGAAGCGGAAGUUGGAAACAGAGCAAUUAUCAUCAGAUUCAGAGAGUUCUCCGUCUACUUAUUCAAUUGCGUCCUCAUCUUCAGAUUAUGAUUCAGAUGAAAGUGUUUCGAAAAGCAAAAGUAGGAAAAAAGAUACCAAUUCAGAUGACCAGAUACUCAAAGAACUAUCACAAAACAGAAAAAUCAUGUAUAAAAUAUUGAAAUCAGUUGAAAAAAUCGAGAAAAAGUUAGGAAAAAACGUAAAAGAAGAAAAAAUGCCAAAAGAUUCAAAGAAAAUCGCAGAAGAUGAAAUUGUAGAGGCAAUCAAAAAGAAACGUGAAAAUGAUGGGUGGAGAAAAACUGUCAGAAAUUUCAAAGUAAAUGACCUGACCAAGGAAAGAUUGUCAAAGUUGAAAGAUAUUUAUUUUGGUUCCAUUGUAAAGCCACGUAAACUUGCAACUGAAAUCGGCCGAUUGUUAUGGAGUAGAAACUUUAUUUCUCGCUAUUUAGUUGGCCCGAAAACAACAAACAGGAAAAAAGAUAGAUGUAAUGAGUUACCACAAUAUGAAGAACAGCGGCUCAGAGACUGUUUGAAAGUGUUUACAAGAAAGUUUCUUGACGGAAACAAUUGGAAAUGGUUCGUACAAGACGCUAUCAACCAGGCUACCAGAGAUAUCAGAUCACCAUGGGAUUUAGAUCUUCCCAUAAAUGAAACAAACUUCGUCAUGGAUGAAAAUGAAGAUAAAAGUGAAAGUGAGGUGCAAAACCAAGUAUCUACAAGUGAAGAGCGGUCCAGGGAAAAAGAAAGAAAAGAAAAAGAAGAGGAAGAAAAUAUGCGAAAACUGCAAAAAGAGCAUAAAAAGAGGCAAAAGGAUGAAGAGGAAAAGAAACUACAAGAAGAGAAAAGAUGUGAAAAAGAAAAACAAGAUGAACAAGAAAAACAAAGACAAACUGAAAGUGGCACUAUCAUGGAUGAAAAUCAGCGGAAAGCUUUUGAAAGAGCUGAACAUACAAGAAAACAGAAAGAACUUUUAGAAGAAGAGUUGAGACUUAAAGCUCAGCGCGAGCUCUUAGCUCAAAAGCAGCGUGAACUUGGAAUACCAAUGACGAUAAAUUUGGAUCAAACUCAAGUAAAAUACGUUAGCAAGUAUCAUUCAUCCAUGAAAGAUCAAAGUUUAUCAGAUCUGCCAUUGUCAGCCGCAACUAUAUGCAUAAACAACAUGCCAGAUCCAGAAUCAGAUGAUGAUUUCACUGCUAUCAAAAGAACCAUCACCUGAAUAAUACAAGCGCCAUAUAUGAUAAUAACUGUUCAUUCUGAAUCCAGAGUACAAAAUGUUAACACCUAAUCCCUCAAAUUUAAAAUUCUCUCAUGAAAUCUAAUCCUAAAACAUUUCCAUACAUGAUCUCUAUCCAAAAAUUUAUCUGCAAAGUUCAAAAUGUUAAUUUUCAAAUAUUUCAUAUCCAAUUCUUACAUGAAAUCCAAUCAACAAAUAUUUUUCAUACAUGAAAUUCAUCAUUCAUAUCAAAAAUUAUCAAAUAUCCAAUUUUUUUAUUCAUUUACAACU